AUGGUGUUAUUCGAAUCGAUAAACAAGCUCACCAACCCCCGCAUCCUAGCGGGUGGUAGAAGAAGACAUUUGUUCAUCCCUCCAUCCACACAAACCCCGCUUUUCAGCUAUGGAGAGGGCGAGGACCAGAGGUCGUUUCUCUCGUUAAUUGAAUCUGGUUCCGUGAUAGCAGACCAGGAAGACGACGUUAGUGAUGCCGCCAGUGUAAGCACUUCGAGGUCGCUUCCUUCCACUUUAAACUCGGUACACACAAACGAAGACCAGGAGUCGUUCCACAGCUGGUUGCUUGAAACCCACCAGAGAAGAUACAACUCGGAGUCCGAGAACAACAGCGAAGGCUCGGCAUCCUUGAACGACCUCGCAUCAUCACAGCAUACUUCUGGCUCCUUAUCGAGCUCCUUCAACGAAUGGGAAGAUUUUGAGAACUUAAAGACAAACUACAUCAUUGAGUCCAAAGUGUUACUUAAAUACUCCAUACCCUUGGUCAUUACCUUCGUAUUGGAACAUUUCUUCUCGAUUGUCUGCUUGUUGGUAGUAGGGCAUUUGGGUAAGAACGCAUUGGCUGCCGUAUCCUUGGGCACCAUGCUCUCGACUAUUACAUUCGCAAUCUUUGAGGGCAUUGCCACAGCCUUGGACACGUUGUGUCCACAAGCAUAUGGGGCUGGAAACUAUGAUUUGAUGAGUCUUACGGUCCAGAGGUGUACUGUGUUCUCGUGGGUUAUUUUCAUCCCCUGUGGAUUAUUGUGGUGGUUUUCGUCUUUCUACUUGAAGUACAUUAUAGACAAUGAAGAGGUGUUGGAAUUGACUUCCAUCUUCUUGAAAAUCUUGAUUGCUGGAGCUCCUGGUUACAUCUUCUUUGAGAAUGCCAAAAGAUUUCUUCAAGCGCAGGGUAUUUUUGAGGCAGGAACAGGAGUUUUGAUCCUCACGGCACCCAUCAACAUCUUCCUUUCGUGGUUUCUUGUAUGGAAUGAAACGUUUGGAAUUGGGUACAUUGGCGCGCCAAUCGCAACAGUGAUCAACUUCUGGCUCAUGGCUAUCUUCUUGGUUCUCUAUGUCCGGUAUAUUGACGGGGACAAGUGCUGGUUUGGAAUUGCGCCCACAUCCAGUCUUUUUGAGGAGUGGAAAGAGUUAUCCCACUUGGCCAUCCCGGGUAUUGUUAUGUUGGAAUCAGAAUAUUUGGCAUAUGAGAUCAUGACCUUGUUUGCGUCCUAUUUCGGGACCACCGAACUUGCUGCCCAAAGCACGGUAUCCAGUAUUGCGUCCUUGACGUACAUGGUUCCGUUUGCUGUGAGUAUUGCCUCAUCCACAAGAAUUGCCAAUUUUAUUGGAGGCCAAAACAUCCAUGCUGCGAAGUGUGCCACCAACACCGGGCUAUUUGCGGCAUUAAUCGUUGCGUCGUGUAACUGCUUGGUAUUAUUUACGUUCAAGCAAGAAAUCGCUCAACUCUUCAGUUCCGACGAGGAAGUCACUGCCCUUAUUGUGCAACUUUUCAACCCAUUAGUGUCUAUCAUUCAAAUCUUUGACGGAAUUGCCUCGGUUGCGGGAGGCAUUUUGAGGGCUCAGGGGUCCCAGAAAAUAGGAGGCAUUAUCAAUUUCGUUGCUUACUAUGCAUUUGCACUUCCGCUUGCCAUGCUUCUCAGCAAGGUAGGAAACCUUGGCCUCGAGGGAUUGUGGCUAGGUGUUGGCAGUGGAAUGAUUUUGAUAGGACUCAGUGAGACAGUAGUGAUCUUGUCCAGUGACUGGGACCACAUCAUGCUCAAAGCCGGUCUCCGUAACGAGAUCUCGGAUGAAGAAUCAAUCUGA